AUGGACUCCUGCUCUUCCAUCCAGGCCUUUGCGGGAUUCAUACGUUCUUGCCGAAACUCCAGCGAUCUUGACGAGAUAAGAGCCAGACUGAGUCGCAGUGGGCACUGCCGCGAUCGCUACCUCGCCAAUCUCAUCAUCCAAAAGUAUGGAGAUUGUGGGAACCUGCGAGGCGCUUCCGGGAUCUUCGAUGGCUUGGAAAAACCCAAUCAAUUCUCGUGGAACAUCUUGCUGGGAGCGUAUGUGGCUAAUCAAGAUAUUCACGCGGCGAAAGCGGUGUUUGAGACGAUGCCCAAGAGGGAUACGGUCUCGUGGAAUACGAUGCUCUCAGCGUAUGCCCAAAGCGGGUAUAUGGAUCAGGCCAAGAACGUGUUUGAUUUGAUGACUGAGAGAGACCUCUUCUCGUGGAACAUCAUUAUCAAGGGGUUUGUGGAUAUCGGAAAGAUUGAGCUUGCGAAGAGCAUCUUUGCGGAAAUGCCAGACCGGGAUGCAAUCUCGUGGAACACACUUCUUGCAGCACUUGCCCGUGGAGGGCAUUUUGAAGAAGCAAAACUCUGCUUUGAAGGGAUGCCUCAGCAAGACGUGUUUGCAAGAAACACAAUGAUCAUAUUAUUUGUAAGGGAAGACAAUCUCUCGCAAGCAAAGCACCUAUUUGACCAAAUGCCGUACAGGAACCUUGUGUCGUGGGCCGGGCUUUUACACGCAUAUGCCUAUAACGGGCAUCUGGACGAUGCGACGCGGUGUUUUGAGAAUAUGCCCGAGAGGAGUAUCGUUUCCUGUACGGUGAUGAUCCAGGCGUACGGGAAUAAGGGGCUACUCGAGCACGCUAAAGUGAUCUUUGAUGGUAUGCCGGAGCUGGACGCUGUGUCGUGCACCGCGAUGCUGGGCGCGUUUGCGGAGAAAUCUCUUGUCACCGACGCCUUGCAGAUCUUUCAUUCCAUCCGCGAUUCGCCAGUCGCGUCUUGGAACGCGAUUGUUACCACGCUUGCCCGGGAUGGGCAACUGGGUGUCGCGAAGGAUGUCGUGUCCUGGAACGCGAUGCUUGAUGGAUUCGCCUCGAAUGGGCGAUUCGGGGAGUCUGUGGAGCUCCUCUGGGCGAUGAGUGCCGAGGGAUUCAUCGUGGAUGAGGGAUCUUUCACGAGCAUCCUCAGUGCGUGCGCGAGAUCCGGAAGCGUCGAGAGGACCUGCCAGUGGCUGCGCUCGAUGGGCAGCGAUUACGCCCUGGCGGCUCGAGUGGAGCACUACAGUGCCGUGAUCGAUGCGCUCGGGAAGAGUGGGGCAGGAUUGAAGCUAGCCGAGGAAAUGCUGCUUGCAAAUCCUCUCGCGAUCGAUAUCGAUGUCGUGGCGUGGAGAUCGCUGCUGGGAUCGUCCGUGGCGCACCGCAGUGGAUCGAUUGGGGCUCGAGCGGGGAACAAGGCGGUGUCCCUGGAGCCCGCGAAUGGCGCGGCCUAUGUUCUAGGCUCUUGUCUAGCGUCCAUUGAAUAG